AUGGGGUGGUGGUCAACAAACAUGGCGGCAGGUGGUGUCCUGGGGAAUGUGUUUCCGGCGUUUCUUAUUGGGUAUGGAAUGACGUGGCGCUGGGCUGUUGGUGUUGAAGUGUUUUUUUUAGUGGCGGUGGACGCUGUGGUUGCGGUGCUGCUCGUUCAGCACCCUAACGUGGUUGGUUUUCCUUCCGUUCAGCAGAUUGAGGAGAGGGAAGUAGACGUCAGUUCUUUGCGGUGCACCGAUUUGGUUCGCUUAGACAAGGAUGGUAAGCUGGCGACAUCUAUGCCGAUGCAGUCGUCCUUUUCUCCAGAUUGCCGUGCUGAUCGUCAAUCCAGAAAUGCCCAUGACAAAGAUGUUGAUACGCUCCAUCCAAACCUCACACUUUGGCAAAUGGUUAGCCUCCCUGGUGUUGGCGGCAUAUGCAUAUCGUACUUCCUCCACAAGCUUGUGCGAUAUGGCUUUAUGUUCUGGCUUCCGUACUUUGCGGUACAGGAGCUUAAGUAUACCACGGAAAUUGCUGGAUAUGUGUCUUCUUUUUUUGACAUUGGCGGUGUUCUUGGCACUAUUGUAUCCGGUUACGUUUCUGAUUGGAUGUUUCAUGGGCGAGGGCGUACACGUGUUAUUUUGUUAUUCACGGUUGGUAUGAUUAUCAGCACCUUUUUUUUCGGUGCCCUCUCCCAUCUCUUUGUGAUGAAUACAAUGCUCUGCACGGUUGUUGUUGCUACUGUAGGUUUCUUUGCCUUCGCGAUCGACGCUCUGAUGUCGGGUUCCUUCCUAUUGGACUAUCUUGAGCAUAUCAAGCUGGCAUCGCAGGCGGGUGCUAUUAGUGGUGUUGUGGGCGGCGUGGGAUCGGCCGGAUCCAUCUUUCAGGGUGUAUUUACUGUUCUGUUGAGCUCUAGCUCCUGGUCAACUCUGUUUUACAGUUUUAGUGUAGCAACGGCUCUGGCAGGUUUAUGCUUGGUUCGCCCUCUCCAUAGAGAGCUGGAGAGACAUCGUGGGUCAUUUUCGCCGGUGUAA